GGGUAAUGCAGUACAAGCACUAGAAGAAGCUUAAAUUUAGGCCUUUGGCUCCUCAGCUGUGACUGUGAUAAAUACUCAACAACAAUUGCUGGAAAGCUCUUGCUUCCUUUCUUUUCUCUCUUCUUCUCUACUGCACUAUUACCAGUCUACUGCUAGACCUUUUUCUUUCUCUUGAAAAAAUAUUAAUGGGGAAGAAAGGUUCCGGAUGGUUCUCUUCUGUCAGGAGAGUCUUCAAGCCUUCUUCUAAAGACCUGCCCCCGGACUCGAGGAAAGAGAAUGGAAACAAGUCGCAACAAGAUGUGCCUGAGGUUGUGUCAUUCGAACAUUUUCCAGCAGAGAGUUCACCAGAUACCACCAAUGAUGAUAGUAAUGAAGACUCGUUCUCUCCGGUAACUGAGGACCAGCAUGCUAAUGCUGUUGCAGUGGCAACUGCAGCAGCAGCUGAGGCUGCUGUUGCAGCUGCACAAGCAGCAGCUAAAGUUGUUCGCUUAGCUGGCUAUGGACGUAAUUCUAAGGAAGAAAGAGCUACAAUCUUCAUACAAUCAUGUUACCGAGGAUAUCUGGCUAGACGUGCUUUGCGUGCUUUGAAAGGAUUAGUGAGGCUGCAAGCAUUAGUGAGGGGCCAUAAUGUUCGCAAGCAAGCACAUAUGACUAUGCGAUGCAUGCAGGCACUUUUACAAGUGCAGUCAAGAGUUCGUGCCCGCAGACUCCAAUUAGCCCAUGAAAAAUUUGAGGAAAGAAUCAAGGAAGAAUAUAAACUAGCACCCAAGAAAGACAACCAUACACAGAAGACCCCAGAAAGAAGUUUCGGAUCAAAAGCGUGUGACUAUGAAGAUCAGACCAGGGAGAAAAUCAAGGGAAGUAGUAUGAGGAAACAUGACGCUGACUUGAAAAGGGAGAGAGCUCUUGCAUAUGCUUUUGCUUAUCAGCAACAAAAGAUUGCACACUCACACUGGGACCUACACGGGGAUGAAUUUGCACAACUGAGCAAUGAGCAUGACAAACAACAAUGGGGAUGGAAUUGGCUAGAGCGUUGGAUGGCGUCGCAGCCUGGUCACCUCGGCAACCUAGGACCUCAUGACAGCUCCUACACAACACUUACUACUACAGACAACAUGUCUGAGAAGACAGUUGAAAUUGAAAUGGCAAUGCCCAUGGCCUCAGAACAUGUCCCCAUGGGCCGGCUAAGAGGGAAUACUCUUGAAUUAGCACAAUUUUCGACUAGGCCAAAUAGACAGUCUGGGCUAGAUGUUGUCCCUAGCUACAUGGCACCCACAGAGUCUGCUAAAGCCAAAGUCAGAAGCCAGGGCCCAAUGACAACUAAGCCGAGAAACUCAUCUGCCAACCAGUGGAAUACAUCUACUGGGAGAGGACCUAUUUUCGGGUUAGGUAAUGCAGACUCGUCAAGCUCAGGUGGAGGAACUGCAGGGUAUCAGGUCCUGAAGAGCCCGAAAAGCAGUCUGCUUCAACAUGGACAGGCUAAAUGGAUGACAGGAUACAGCCCUGAUUCUAGUGGAGGUGAUGAAAGAUUUUCUCAUGGCUGGAGACACAGGUUUACCUGAUUACAUUUCACAAUAAGACAUGGCAUUUAUGGGUGUGUGAUUUUACUCAUGUCUUAAAUUAUUAUCAAGUGUUCAUGUUGAUAAUACUAUGUAGAACUCUUCUUUUCAUUGUAUAUUUCUGAACAAUUUCAAAAAAAAAAAAAAACUCCAUAAAGAGUUCAAUAACAUUAUGUGGUGCCUAUGCAAGACAUUCAAAAUUUGUUGCA